ACGAAAAUCCUCCAUAACCAUACUACGGCCAGCUACGGCUGUUUAUUUAGCUAACAGAGAAAUUUCAGACAUGGGAGGUGGUCACGCUCACGGACAUGACCAUGGUCAUCACCAUGGAAUUAAAGUUCCUGACUAUAGGCAAUAUAAGGUUGAAAAUGCCCCAGAGUUGGUGCAACUUAGAACUCUUCUUGCACAGAAAGGCCUUUCCGACCCAUGGAUAAGAAAUGAAGUCUGGCGUUAUGACCCAAAGGAAUUUGGAACAACAGCUCAGCGUUGGAGGCUUGCUGCUUUUCGAGGAUUUAAAUGGGGAUUUGCUGCCUUCAUAGCCACCAUAACUAUAGAGAAAGGACUGGAACUAGUUAACCCACCAGCCAAUAAUCAUCAUGGUACAUCCCACCAUUGAAAAGAACACACCAUAUAUGUAAGAUUCAGAAGACUGUAAUGGUAUAUUGUAGAGAAAUACAAAGAGGGAAGAAGAA